UCCAUCUACGGACACACAUAAUAAAACCCUAAAAGGUUCCCAAUCCACAAAUCUCCUCCCACUCGUUUCCUUUUUCUUUUUACUUUUGCUGUAACGUUUUCCAUAAAACAACUUUGGAUUAAAGAAAUGAUUUCUGUAAAGAAUCGUUUUAUUUCUCAAAUAAGAAUGUUUGUUUUUUCAAGUUUGAAACAACAACCAGAAGAAGAACAAGAGUAGAAGAAACCCUAACCCCUAAAAUUUUAUACUUACAAACAAAAAUCAAAAAAUAUCUGUGUUUUUUUUAAUGGGGGAUUUGAAAAAGGAGGAAACGAUGGUUGUAGGAGGAGGAGGAGAAGGAGAGAAUGGAGAAAAGGAUGAGAAAUUUAUAGAUGGAAUGGCUGUUAUGGAUUUUGAUAUGCUUUGUGCAACUGUAGCUUUACAAACAGAAGGGGGAUUUUAUUCUUCUAAGGGUAAUAAUUGGGGGAAAUUGAAUAAUGAUGACGAUGGUGAUGAUAUUGAUGGAGGUGAAUUUGGUGGAGGAGUUCAAAGGAUGUGGGAAGGUGAUGUUUUUGAUUUCUUAGAAGAUCGUCGAAUUGCUCUUCAAACGGCUUGUUGCCCAUGUUACAGAUUUGGUAAGAACAUGGGAAGAGCUGGACUUGGUCAUUGUUUUAUUCAGGGGACUGUAUAUUUCAUUCUUGUUAUUACCACUCUUUUCAGCUACAUUACUUUUACUAUCACUCGGCGACACCUGUUUCUGUAUAUGGCACUUGCUUUCACCGUUUCAGCUGGAACCUACUUUGGCUAUUGCCGGAGACAAAUUCGGAAGCAAUUUAAUAUCAGGGAUGGUAGUUAUUUGCUGGAGCAUGGGUCACCAAGUGAAACAAUUGUUUUCCUCUUCCUGUCAACUCUUGUAUUUCGUACUCGUGCCCAAGUCUUUAUGUUCUGGAGCAGUUCACUUUUGUUAAUCAUUCCAGGUCCUUGUCUCUUGUGGAGGAUAAUUUGGUAUCACAAAGCUGGUUCCAAAUCUUGACUGGACUUCCAAAAUUAGGCCUAGGCAUGACAUUUUUAUUGUCAUGUAUGUAUUGCUGUGAUGCCUUAUAGACCCCUUACCUAGUAUGGCGGACACCAAACUUAUUUUAUGGCAAAUGUGUUUGUACAUGUCAUUGUUGGUUUAGUAGGGAUUAGUCCUCCUGCUAAACUGAAACGUGAGUUCGUGUUCUCUGAGUGCUUGGAGUUUGUUAUAUAUGUCGUGUUUCAAUACCUUAUGAGGCUAUAUUCUGUGGAUAGAUAGGCAUUGUUAAUUGUUAUGUUAUUCCCUGAAAAUGUUUUCAGCGAUGCGUUUGUACAUGGUUUUCAAAACAGGCGUGGAAUUGAUUCUACAUUUAUGAAAAUGUGUUCUAUUAUGGUUGCCGAGUUAUAAACUCGUAUUCUAUUUUGAUUGCUUUAAUUGCCUCUUGUCUUUUGGGAUUUUUCUCCACCUACGCGUCUCUUUUUUACUCGAUCAAUCUGUCCAUCUAUAUAAUAGUACAUGUUCAGUGUGAACAACUUUGAAACUGUAUUCUUGAUUUUGUCCUAAUUCUUUACCUUACCU